UUGUCUUUUUUGUCUCCUUACUUUUUCGUCUUGUUUAGGGUUCUCAAAGCUCUCUCUCCCCUCUUCUUUUCAGUUUUUCCCCAAAAAAAUUCCUUAUAAUGAAGAUUAAUAGAUUGACUCUCUCAGGAUACGAAUCCAAGUAAACAUCUUCGCUGAAAGUAAAACAUAAAAAAAAAUCCGAUCUUGGAGUACCCAUCACCGCGGGCGUUUGUGAGUCUGAGUUAUGGAGGGAAUACAGAAUCCUGUUGUAUCUCGCAGUGUCGAAGAGGUCUUUGGCGACUUUAGGGGUCGAAGAGCUGGUCUCCUCAAGGCUCUCUCUACAGAUGUACGGAAGUUUUACCACGAGUGUGACCCUGACAAGGAAAACUUGUGUCUAUAUGGACUUCCAAAUGAGACAUGGGAAGUGAAUCUUCCCGUCGACGAGGUCCCUCCGGAGCUUCCUGAACCAGCUCUAGGCAUUAACUUUGCAAGGGACGGGAUGCCAGAAAAAGACUGGAUAUCUCUUGUUGCUGUUCACAGUGACUCAUGGCUCAUCUCCGUUGCCUUCUACUUUGGCGCACGUUUCGGAUUUGGGAAGAAUGAGAGGAAGAGGCUCUUCCAGAUGAUAAACGAUCUCCCAACCAUUUUCGAGGUUAUAACUGGCAACGCAAAGCAAUCCAAGGAUCAAUCUGCUAACAACCACAACAGUAGCAGAACCAAGCCUAGUGGUGUCAAGGUAAUAUAUAAACCUUCUGUUCCCACCAUUUUGUUUUUUAUUUUCUCUGAGUCUUAUCUAUAUCUGCUAACUUUCUCUCACAUUAAGGCAUCAAAGAUGUCUCCACCACCAAGAGAAGAUGAUGAGAGUGGAGAAGACGAGGAAGACGAUGAACAAGGUGCGGUCUGUGGUGCCUGUGGAGACAACCAUGAUGAUUUCUGGAUAUGUUGUGAUGCUUGUGAGAAAUGGUUCCAUGGAAAAUGCGUAAAGAUCACGCCUGCAAAGGCUGAGCACAUCAAACAUUACAAAUGCCCUACUUGCAGUACCAACAAGAAAAUCAAAGCUUGAUAAAGGUGAUAAUAGCUAGCGAACAAAAAAGACAGAACCAAGAGGCUUUUGAUUGUGUAAUCUUAAUGGGAUUGAGACAGCUUUACAUUUAGUAAUGUUUUCUUCUUUUUUUUUUUUUGAUUUUGCUGUUAAUGUCAUAAUGCUAUAAACUAAUUUGUCUUUAUGUUUCUGAUAAAACUGUCUUUAAGCU